UCAUAGGAUGAAUGUUUAUUAUCCUUUGGUUAUUAUUUUUUAUUUGUUUAUCAUUUUUACUAUCCAAUUUAUUUUUAAUUAUUUCGUCUUUUUUAUUAUUAUCCAAUUCCAUAUCUUUUGUUUUUUCUUCGUCCUUGUUUUUCUCUUGUUUUGCUUCCAGGGGAGAUAUUUUAUUGAUUGGUCUUACCAAAGUUUUAUUGCCAAUUUUUAUUUUUGCGCUUUUAGGAGGAAUUCCAUCUAAUUCAAUGAUUUUUCCUAAUGGCCAGGUAUUUCUUGGUUGACCUUCUUGAUGCACAAUUACAACCUCUCCAAUCUCUGGUUUUCUAUUGGAAGAGGAACGACCAUUGUUAUGUGUCCAUUGUGAUUUAUCUCUCAGUAUUAUCAUAUAUUCUCGAUUCCACCGUUCCCAAAAUUUAUUUAGUGUUUUUAAUGUUAAUUUCCAUUUAUGCUGUAUUUGUUCUGCUGUGGUUAAUUUUCCAAUUUUAAAUUCAUCGAAAUCUAAUUCCGUGGGUUCCUUUA